CGUCCGACGGGCCACCAACCCCUCCGCCCACACAGUGGGAUCGAACUACUUCCGUUCCCCCGCCGUUGCUUUGCGUUUUGCUGUGGCCGAGUUUCGGUCUGCCCGCUGGCUGGGCACAAUUUCGGAAGACUCAUUAUUGCUAGUGCUUCGGAAAUCAGCGUGAUGUCAGCAUGUCGAGUGCCGGUGACCACGGCAGUGCCCACAUGACUGGCGCCUCGUGAAACCCGGCCAACGCAGCCUUCGGCUCGCCCAUAGCUGCAGGAUGAAACGUUAGUUGUCCCAACGGAGGUGGGAGGCAUGGCAGUGAACUGCUGCUGGUGGUGUACCAUCCGCUGCUGGUCAGGGCUGCGGGGCAACUGACCACGGAGCCAGGGCCCCAGUGGCGGCCAUGCGCAGGCACCGCCAGGCAGCCCUGCUGACCCUGGUGGUGGCUGUUUUGGGCAUACCUCUACUGCUGCUGCUCUACCUCGAUGGCAAGAGCCAAGCACCCGAAGACAAUCUACUUGGAUUCACGAAAAGGGAGGCAGUUCUUGCUGACCGAGUCCGAGAGGUUGAACAACAGAAUCAAAUGUUGCGAAGACAACUCAGCCUAUCACGGCAGCAGCUAAUGCAGCUGAUGCAGCGGGAGGCACGCAAUGGCUCCGACAUCAACUUCUUGCCCUGUCCCACCCGAGGGGGCAACGAACUGCCCGAGGUGCCCAAGUGUGAGGUGCUUCAGGUCGCCAUCGUGUGUGCGGGAUACAAUGCCUCUCGCUCGGUCAUCACGUUGGUCAAGAGCAUCCUCUUCUACCGCAAGAACCCUCUCCACUUCCACUUCAUCUCCGAUGCCGUAGCCCACCUGGUGCUGCAGACACUGUUCCGAAGUUGGAACAUGCCCGCAGUGGAGGUGAGCUUCUAUUUAGCCGACAACCUUCAAGGAGAAGUAUCAUGGAUUCCAAACAAGCAUUACUCCGGCGUCUAUGGGCUUAUGAAGCUAGUACUGCCCAAGGCUUUGCCUGAUACCCUUGACAAGGUGAUAGUAUUGGACACAGACAUCACUUUUGCAUCAGACAUUGCUGAGCUGUGGAGAAUAUUUCACAAGUACACCUCAAAACAGGCAAUCGGCCUUGUGGAGAACCAGAGCGACUGGUAUCUAGGAAAGCUGUGGAAAAACCAUCGACCUUGGCCUGCUCUCGGCCGAGGUUUCAACACCGGUGUCAUUCUGCUGCGACUGCAAAGGCUACGAGAACGCAACUGGAUGCAAAUGUGGAAGCUUAUAGCUGAGAAGGAACUUAUUAGCAUGUGGUUUACUUCGUUGGCUGAUCAGGACAUCUUUAAUGCUGUACUGAAGCAGCACACAGAACUCCUGUUUCGUCUGCCAUGCCAGUGGAAUGUACAGCUGAGCGACAAUACUCUCAGCGAGCUGUGCUACUCUGAGGUGCAGGAGCUGAAGAUCAUCCACUGGAACUCGCCCAAGAAGCUGAAAGUUAAGAACAAGCAUGUUGAGUUCUUCCGCAACCUCUACCUUACCUUCCUCGAAUAUGAUGGCAACCUGUUGCGACGCGAGCUUAUUGGUUGCAACGGCACGACGUCAUCAUCAGCUGGUGUGCAUGCCUCUCACGUGCAGGACGCUUUGAAUCUGUUGGAUGAGGACGACCCCUGCUAUGACUUUAGGAGAGCAAGGGUUGCCCAGCAUCGCACGCAUCUCUACUACAUUGAAUACGACUAUGAGCCUUCACCAGAGGGCAAUGAUGUUACACUGGUUGCCCAGUUAUCCAUGGACAGGCUUCAGAUGGUGGAAGCUGUCUGCAAGCAUUGGGAAGGGCCAAUAAGCUUGGCAUUGUACAUGUCAGACUCUGAAGUCCAACAAUUCCUGAGCUACACCCUGAGCUCGGAAAUUUUGCAGAGUCGCAAAAAUGUGGGCUACCACAUUGUCUACAAAGAUGGAACCUUCUACCCGGUGAACAUGCUGCGAAAUGUUGCUCUACAACAAGUGAACACGCCAUUCGUGUUCCUGACUGACAUUGAUUUUCUUCCUAUGCAUGGCCUCUAUGAGUACCUGAAGCGGUCCGUAUUUGCUUUGGGUCUCGAGUCCUCACGCAAGGCACUGAUAGUGCCCGCAUUUGAAACGCAAAGGUACCGGCUGAGUUUUCCCAAAACAAAAGCAGAAUUGCUUUCCAUGUUGGACAUGGGUACACUAUUUACAUUCAGGUACCAUGUGUGGCAGAAGGGCCAUGCGCCGACAAACUAUGCGAAGUGGCGGACAGCUACAACGCCCUACCUGGUGAAUUGGGAACCCAACUUUGAGCCCUACGUGGUGGUCAAGAGAGAUGUGCCUGAAUAUGACAAACGCUUUGUCGGCUUCGGUUGGAACAAGGUUUCCCACAUCAUGGAACUGCAUGCUCAGGGCUACGAGUUUGUGGUGUUGCCCAAUGGAUUCAUGGUGCACAUGCCGCACGCUCCAUCACUGGACAUUGCCCGUUUCCGGUCGAGCAGCCAGUACCGCAAGUGCCUCUCCCUGCUCAAGAGCGAGUUUGCAAGGGACCUCUCGCUGCGCUAUGGCCGCACUUUUUCGGCAUCGCCCGACCGUCGUCGGCGCAGGUGAUCACCCGCUGUGCACCAUUGCCACUACUGCGCCAUGGCCAGGUGCCCCGCCCCCGCUGUCUUUCUGACAACCACAGCACAAGCCAGUGCUGGUUGUCCCUUCACGGAAGCUGCUGGCCAAGUUUGUGCCAAAACGUGGCGAGGGGCCCUUUAAGCGAGGUACAGAAAGGUACAGAAGUUCACAGAGCAUUUACCUUAUUUACUUUUUGUUCACAUGAUCUUGAAGAAGUUUAACAAUGUAAUACUCGUUCACAUGAUUUUUGUCAGUUAAAAUUUUGAAAGAAAUGACAAAAUUCAAGGGAAUUGACCAUAUAUGUAAAAUCACACUUUUUUUUUCAGCUUUUUACCAGUAUGGUCGCCACUUUAUAUCGAUGAUGUGGUUGAUUGACUCCCAAUAUUGAUGCUUUAAAUGCACCAGAAUUCCAGUCAAUGCGCUUGAAUGCUCAGUAACAUGUGCUGCAUUAUCAUAGCUCACUUAGUCCAUCAUGGUACCUCAGCUACUCGCCAACAUCUGUGUUCUGGAUGCGCAUGGAUCUUUGAAUAACUCGCGAUUAUGGCAACAAUCACUACCAUCAGUUGAUUAGGAACACUGCUUUUGUUGAAAUGUCCAAGCUCCACUUAAUUAAAGCAAGCCUGUCUAUCCAGUUAGCUUUAUGGCAAGGUUCAAGCAAAGUGCUCAGGAGGCUUAUUCUCAUUGGUGGUGCUUUUAUAAGGACAGUUGCCAAAAUUGAUUUCAUUCAGAAAAUGAUGUAUUGAUAGUACAUCACAGGGUUUGCUUACUGUGUUACUUAGUGCAUAAUCCGCUGAAAGGUGUAUUGCCUUGCUGUAAGUAACUAAUCAUGGACAAUGAAUAGCACUGUUGACUUACUGAGAGAAAGCAUCAGCACUUAUGAGGUGGAAAAAUGGGCCUCUCAUGUCUAUUUGCAUGUACAUUUCGUCGUCGUGCUUUGAUUUACAGAAUGAAGGGAUACCUUAACAAAUGAAGAGGGGAUUUCUUUAAAGCUUUGAGAACACCAUGAGGUUCUAUUCGAGAUCAUGUGAGAUUUUUAAAGGAACACAAAAGCAAAAGACUCCAUCAGCCUUGACUGAUAAAGUGUUCUUUCAGAACUUAAUUUUCAUUGUAGUCAGUUUGUAGAAAAGACGUCGAACAUAAAAGAUAAUUUGUCUAAAGUUUCAUGCCAACACUUUGGUGCUGGUGUAGUACGAAGUCUCAAUUUUCAAAGUACUUUCCCAUACCUAUGCAGUUAUGGAGAAGUAGUUGUUCUUGAAGCUCAUCAAGUUUGCUGUUUCAGGAAAGCAGAGUUGAAUAUUGUUGUUGUUACUUGGCUCCCUUAGAAUCUAUGUAGUCUUUCCAUGUGGACAAAAAGUUGGCUAAACCCGAGAAGACACCAUCAAAAUGUAAAAAUCUAUGACAUCCUGGCAUGCUGUCGUGCAAAACUCAAGCUGACGUCCUGGACCAUUUUUAGUUUUUGUCACUUACAAAGCCAAUUGUCAAGCAUUGCCCAGCUUAAAGAAGAGAUUGCCUUUGCAUGGGCACAGUUCCACAUAGAGCAACUGAACUUUAUAACUACAGCAAGGAAGUUUUUACCUCGUAUAAUAGUAGCAGUACAUUACUCCAGUAGUACUCCCAACAAACAGUUCUAAUAUGAAAUUAAUGAGCAUUUUGCCCCCGUUUUUGAAUGGUGAAUGUCUUUGCUGUCUGCUGUGAAUGUCAGUUGAACGUGAAUACUAGACACCUGAAACUUGCAAAUACAUGGGCUUUCACGGUUAUCUACACAGUGCCAGGUAGUGGCUAGUAAAGCAACUGCAUGAAGUCAACUUGCCAACACUUUUGAUUAUUUUGUUCACAUUUACUAUUGCGGACCACUUUUCUUGUACUUCAGCGUGUGCUUAUUGAGUUCAAGUAAUCAUGCUUUUUAUGUCGCAUUUACGUUAUCCUGCAACAGCAUACAUUGCGACGACAGUGCUUGUCACCAGUGUGUUUUUGUUUGUGUGUAUGAUUGGGAACAUGCAAUUCAUGCACACUUUUAUUUGCAUAAGAGUACUUCCCAUCCACUCACACUAAGCCACCUUUACUGUUGACAGCUGGACUUUCUUGUUUUUCAUAUUAGCUUUCCUAAGCUGGACCAGCACUGCUUGUUAAAAAAAAAAAGGAAGGGUACGUGAGGAGCUGUUGUCUUGAUAGAGGAGCACGGUGCCUUCGAAGUGCCAAUUUUUCUUUCUUUAAAGUAUUGGCACGGCUGCAAACUGUCCACUGCAAGGAAAUAGCCUCUCGAAAGCAAUUCUUGUUUGUGCGAGCUCAUUAUUUACUCUGCUUGACUAGAUAAAAGGAAUUUACUUGUUUACAUCAGUCUAUAAGCACUGCUGUGUCCCUACAACCGUGUCAUAGAUUGGCCAUCCUUUAUUGUAAUUCAUGAUACAGGGUGUACAUUUGAUAGUUUUUGUUCCUGCUGCUCUAAUCAACACACAUGUUCUGAGCAUAAUGUUAGUACAUUUUAUAUAUAUCUUUUGUUGUUCUUUUUUUUUUUGCUGUUUUUGUUUUUCAUUAUCAGCAGCCGGCAUUAGUUCCUAUGAUUUUAUUGUCCAUCUCUACAUGCUUAAAGUAGUACAUGUUCGAAACAAUUAAUGUACUCUGAUACUGAGGUCCAAGUGGGUCUGCACACUGGAGCUUGUUUUGAGGCAUUGCACCUUCGUAUCCAAAACUGUGAAAGGACAUGAAAUUUACAACCUGGUCACGGAACCUGGGAUUAUCGUUUUGUGCGGUAUUCACACAUUUUUUGCGACAUUGAACUACCUUUUUCUGUUGGCUGUUGAAACUGCUGUUUUCUUUGCAUUUGUGUCUGUGCCAUUGCAACUUGUUACAAGACAGCCGUUGACACUCCAUGCGAGGCUGUCAGCCACAAGGUAUUAUUUUUAAUUUAGUGAUAGCCAAGCAACUGGCUCAAUGUAAAAAAUUGUGCUACUCAAUGCAUGAUUUUUGAGCUUGGGCCUAAUCGUGCUCUUGUGGUAGAGGGGAAGAAGGUUUAUUUUAGAACACGGCUGUGAUCUGUCAACAAGGUGCCAUGAAUUGUGGCCAUUUUUUGUUUACUAAAAUUAGGAAAUGGCGCUCAUUGUCUGUGCAGUUUAUGGUCAUCACUCUGUGUCAGUGCUCUAAAUGACUGUGGCUGUAUCUGACCUCCCUGUAAUGAACAUUGUCACGAGUUCUGCACAGUGCAGUCAAAGGAGAGAGAAGGGAGGAUAGAAUUCAAGUCAUGCAUGCCCUAACGUAAUGAGAGGAGCUUAGUCCGCAUUAACCCAUGCACCAUUGAGUGUGCUGUUUGACUUUGGGGUGUCAGAAAAGCAUUUUGCGUGUACUGUUACCUUGUAAGUUUGCACUCAGUUUAUUACUUGAAAGCAAGACAGAAAAUUUAUGGCAUAGUUACAGUGGCACCUCAUUGAGACAGCUAACCUGUGAACAAAAGCGUGUACUAUUCCAAAAAACAGUAUGAUCAAGGUCAAGAUUUAAACAGGUAAUCUGCUAUGUUAUGUUCUGAGCUGGGAUAAUGAUACAAAACUGAAUUGUAUCAAAGAGGUUCUACUGCACAUCCAGUAACUGAUUAAAAUUUCAGUAGUGCUCAUUACAUGCACCAGCAUAAUUUGCUUAAAGGAACAAAAGAGCGCUAAUGUAGUGAAAAUGGCAGGUGUUUAUUUGUUGAGAGUUUGACUGAGCAUUUUUUUAAAUGCCUGAACAAUGGUAAAUACAAAUGACACACGAAGCGAGCUCAAACAGAACGUCACAGAAUAUAAGUUCGCUAAGUUCCACAAUGUAAUUGUAACAUACUGGCGCUGCGGUUCAGGCAUAAGGUCUGAAGGAGAAUUCACUGAUGCUUUCAUCCACUUGUAGUUGAACUUUUCAUGCAAAUUAGUGUGAGUGGAGUGUUGAAAAACUAAUUCACCUGUUCUGACUAGCUUAGCCUUGCUUUUGAACAUCUUUUUUACUUUAUUGGUGCUGUUUUCAGGGGUAUUGCUGUGGAUGUGGCUUUAAUUUUUUUUUUUUAAAGAGAGAGAGACAUUUGUUGUUUUCUGCAAGGCUACUGAAUUAUGAAUGAUUAUUAAUCUUUUCCACACUCUUUAAAGACAAAAUAAACAAGUGGCUCUUGAGUAUCAAACAAAAAGAAAUUAAACACUUUUCCACGAUGGCUUAAACUUCAAUUAGCAUAUCAGCAAGUAAAACAGAAACAGCUAUAGAGACGUCUGUAAUGCCAUGCAGAAAAUCUGCAAAUCAUGACAGCAUAUAUUUUGUCGCACAAUGUUAUCUGCACUGUUAAUAUCUUUUUUCCAGAAUACAUAGUCUCAAUAUGCUGCAGGUGCUAGCAUCUUUUUGCCAGGAAAGCUUCAGCUAUUUUCGUUCCAGCAGGUGUUCAGUACUACAUAGCUCGAUAGACUAUAGCUUGGCUAGCUUGUCUUAUUGUUUACUACGAUAUCAAAAAUGUACAGUUUGUGGCUGCCAUUAAGAGUACCACUCGUAUCUGCAUAGGCUCGUAUGGCUACUAAUGGGCCGAAACAGAGCAGCACUUAAUUUGCUGUGUCUGUGUUUGUUCUCAGUUACGUUGCAGUGCAAGUGUUACUUAUGCAGGCUAACGACAGCAACAUUUCCUUAUAUGGAAAGGGUUGUGCGUGUGCCAAAGUGAGCAUUUUGCCACUCAUAUUUGCAUUGUCCAUAACUAUAGGAGAAUUAUUGUUGCUUUUUGUAUAGAAUGCCACAGUAACGUCUCAUGGACAGGAGUAUAUGCUAGCUGUAGAGAAUUUGCUUUCUAUGCUUGUAAAUACAAAUGCAUUACCAUCAAUUUCAUUUCAAACACUUGCUCUGAACACAGUUCUGUUAAUGGGACAACACAGCCUGUGGGCUGUGGCAGGUGUUUCUGCGGACAAAUCAUUAUGUAGGAAGACGAUUGCGCACAUGUCUUGUUGAUGUUAUGUUUCUUGACAUUGAUGCAAAAUCGGUAUAUGUGAAUUGUGUUGUCUGUUUUUUUUUUUUUUUCUUUCUUGAAGUGUAGAUACGCUUUAAGCAGCUUACCAUAACCAGUCCUUAAGGUGUGCACAGUACUUUAAUUUUGGCCACUGGCAAAAGAAUAUGAUUAGCCAAACUUGUGCAAAAAAGAUUCCAGUUUUUUAUGCUUGUAACUUUCUUCAGUCUUCUUUUGUGCCAAUAAAAUUGGUGAAAAGAUGUAUUGCUUAAUGAUGUAGCAUCGCCAUAAUUGUUACUGUUUGUUGUCACUAGUGUCUAGCUCUACAUUUGUAGCACUUUGAGUGCAUUUUUGUAUGUUUAUCAAUGACAUGUUUCAUCUGUGCUCUUAUUUAUUUGAAAAACCAGAGUAUACUAUAUACAUGCUGCAUUCUUUUCAUUGAUGCGAUCUACAAUUUCUUACUUUUGUAUUUCUCUGCACCUGUCAUGAUAUUACUAUUGUUCUCUCUGUAUGGUAUCAUCAGUUAAGCGAACAGUAUUUGACGUACUUAUGCCAAUCUGACUUGUUUUCAUUCAUUAUCACUCUUUCUGUGAAACUGAUUGCUCUGACGUCUGUGUGCAUGUUUUCAUUCUUAUUACAUUAACUUUUUUUGGACUAUACAUCCUAUUUUUCAUCAGGUUUCGUUAUUUGUGUUGAAUGUAAAGCAUUGUCGUGUAUAAUGCAAGACUGCAUUUUUGUUUUAUUUUGCUCAAAGUUUAUAUUGACUGACCCUUACAGACUAUCUGGCACGACGCUAUGUAUUUUUGUUUUGCUACGCAGCGCACACUUUCUCAGCUCUCUGUUGUGACGUGUUCACAUUUAUUGCAUAUUGGCAAUAGGUUCAAUUUUCAAUUGAACAUUUCUUUUCUGCCACUUUUGGCGCAGGCUUACAUGUCCUUUUGGUAGUCGUCUUCAGGCAGCAUUUAUGCCUGCUGGACAUGAAUUCUUCAUAUGCACGAUCAGUGAUUACAGUGGUUGAAGAUGUCUUGAAGAGCAUAUGGGACUGCCUAGAAAAACGUAUGCUAGUGUACGAUGAAUAUGGAACUUACUAACUCAAUACCUCAAGUUUCAAAGUUUCUGUUUUCCGCAAUUCAGCUUUCUCAGCAAAGAUUCAGCACUCCAAGAGGAACUGGUGCAGCUCAUAAUGGCAGGAAUUUUAAGCACCGUCAGUAUCUGGAGCUUUUGCAUGACACAGUGGUUAUUCUGAAUGACCAUUUUCUUCAGGUGCACUAGUCUGUAUUUCUUUUUUAGGCCACCACACGUUUUUCACAUUCCAUUAAUGGAAGAAAAAAUUGCGACAUGAGAAGUAGGGCAUAUUCAAACUCUUAAAUGUACUAAUAAGAUUUACAUCUGCUAAUACUGUCGUGUCAAAUUUCCGGCUCACUAUGAAAUACAGCUUCAUUUUGUAUUGCCUCUAGUUUAUUUUUAUUUCCCUCCUCAUUCUAGUCCGCUCAUUUUGCCAAUGCAAUGCUCUGUGGCUGUACCUCAUCAUUCGCAUGUUCCUGUGUUUUGCUAUUUGUCCUUCAGGCUUUAUUUGUGAUUGCUGGCAACAGUGCUUGGACUUUUUUGUGUUCAUAUCUGUUGUAUUUUGUGCUAGUGAUUUUAUAGCCAUUGAUAUGAGUGGUAGGCACAAGGUGCUUUCUUAUACUGAAAAAAAAAAGAAGAAAAUAAAUGUUAUAUGAUUAAAACAAA